CUGACCCGGAAGACACGUCAUACUAAGCUAAAAACUAAAAACAAACAUGGCGACAAGAAACGGGUUUUUCUCAGAGGCAAUCUUUAAGUUUGAUCAUUUGGAAAGGGGUGUGCAGGAGCACCUGAAGCGAGUAUAUGGCACACUGGCCAUCUCCAUGCUCUCUGCAGCUGCAGGUGCCUACGUGCAUGUGGUCAUGGGGCUCAUAUCGGGAGGUUUGUUAACGACUCUGGGAGCACUUGGAAUGAUGAUAUGGCUGGCCGCCACUCACCACAGCAAGGCCAAUGUGGCCAAGAGACUCGGCAUAUUUGUGGGUUUCACCUUUUUCAUGGGUGUUUCCCUUGGCCCAUUGCUGGACAUGGUGAUCAAGAUUGACCCAAGUAUUGUGAUGACUGCUCUGAUGGGGACAAGUCUGAUAUUCGUCAGUUUCUCCCUGGCUGCUCUCUACAACACAAACAGGACCUUCCUCUACAUGGGAGGUUUCCUGCUAUCGGCCUUGUCCUGGAUGUGCCUUGCUGGAUUCAUGAACAUUUUCUUCCGCUCUCAGCUCAUCUGGAAUCUGAACUUGUAUGGAGGCCUUUUGGUAUUCUGUGGCUUCGUACUCUACGACACACAGCUCAUUGUUGAGAAAAAACGCAGUGGUGACGACGACUAUAUCUGGCAGAGUGUGGACCUCUUCCUGGACUUCAUCAACAUCUUCAGACGUCUCAUGAUCAUCCUGGCCAGCAAGGAGGAAGGAAAAAAGAAGAGGAGAGAUUAGAAGGAGAUGGAGGACCGGGUGUGUGUGGAUUGGUGGGAGUACAGAACUGUUUUGGAGUGUUUUGCCAACUAUACUGGCACUGUAAACCUUGUCAAUGAAAUGGGAAUUUAUUCAAGAACUUUAUAAGUUUUAAUUUGAAUUAUUAAUAAAAUCCUUCUGUUGGUUAAAUUAAGAAAUUUUAAUUAAUUUUGAUAAAUUUUUUUUUAAAGGUGUCAGCUCAUUAAAGAUUUUUUCAUGUGAAAAAAUAUAUAUUGGUGUAAUCUCUCAGUUUCAUUGCUGUAUAAUUUAAAAAAAAAAAGGAUAGGGUAAAUCAUUGAUAAUUUAAUAACAACUGUAAUCAACAUCUUUAUUUACCCCAUCCCAAAGAUAAUCAAAUUUGUUUGCUACAAAAUGUAGGUAAAAUGCCACAGUCAUUGCUUUAAUGCAUAAUUUCUUGUGAAGUAAGUAACAUAUGAGAUAAAAAUACCCGGUAAGACUGACUUUGUCUGUCCAUGUAGAGCAUAUUAGAUUUAGAUUAAAGGUAUUCAAUGUACAGUUGAACUUCUCAUAACAUCAAGCCCAUGGCAAGAAUACUAAAGUUGAAUGCGUAGUUAAUGAAAAUAAACUUCAUAUAAAGGAAUUACAGUUUGUGUUUUUGUACUUUUAUUUCAUCUGAAAAUGGAGGUGAAAUGGCUUGUUUUGCAAUCAUUCAAUGUAGAUUUUUUAUUUACUAUUUUAUUCUGUUUUUCUUUUUCAUAGUUUUCCUUGCAAAUAAAACAUUUGUCUGUACAAAUAAAAAGGUUUGCAAUAGUUUGGGUUCACCAGGCAAUUAACAUGCGUGUACCUUGGAUACCCUGACUGAGAUAUCAUGUUUUAGGGACUGUUGUGAUGUUUUUGGAAAGGUUAAUAUACCAUGAUUGUUUGUGCGCUCCUCAUAAACAAAUAACAGAUAAAAAACAAUCACCAAAAUGAAAUGCUUUGGCCAGCAUCUUAAUGCGCGAGGGUUUGUACCAAUUUAAAGAUGUUUUACUUCAUUAUUUUGUUGUCUUGUUUAAUUGUAUAUCUGUGGUAAAAAAUAAUUCUAAGUAACAGCAUGUUUAUUUAAUGUUUUUGCAUUGUUUAUUAUUCUAUAAAAUCUGCACUAACACCAUCACAUGGUCCUGCUGUUGAAUUGUUUUCCUGUCUUUUAUUGUUGUUACAUCCUAAAUAAAGCUUUUAUGUUAUUUUCAAA